AUGAGAAUCCACACAGGAGACAAACCAUUCAGCUGUGAUGAAUGUGGACAUAGAUUUAAUGAAAAGGCAAUCUUAACCGAACACAUGAGAAUCCACACAGGAGACAAACCAUUCAGAUGUGAUCAAUGUGGACGUAGAUUUAGUAAAAAGACAAACUUAACCCAACACAUGAGAAUCCACACAGGAGACAAACCAUUCAGCUGUGAUGAAUGUGAACAUAGAUUUAGUCGAAAGACACAUUUAACCCGACACAUGAGAAUCCACACAGGAGACAAACCAUUCAGCUGUGAAGAAAGUGGACAUAGAUUUAGUCGAAAGACUCAUUUAACCCAACACAUGACAAUCCACACAGGAGACAAACCAUUCAGCUGUGAUGAAUGUGGAUAUAGAUUUAGUCAAAAGACACAUUUAGCCCGACACAUGAGAAUCCACACAGGAGACAAACCAUUCAGCUGUGAUGAAUGUGAACAUAGAUUUAGUCGAAAGACACAUUUAACCCGACACAUGAGAAUCCACACAGGAGACAAACCAUUCAGCUGUCAUGAAUGUGGACAUAGAUUUAGUCGAAAGACAAGCUUAACCCAACAUAUGAGAAUCCACACAGGAGACAAACCAUUCAGCUGUAAUGAAUGUGGAUAUAGAUUUAGUCAAAAGACACAUUUAACCCGACACAUGAGAAUCCACACAGGAGACAAACCAUUCAGCUGUCAUGAAUGUGGACAUAGAUUUAGUCGAAAGACAAGCUUAACCAAACACAUGACAAUCCACACAGGAGACAAACCAUUCAGCUGUAAUGAAUGUGGAUAUAGAUUUAGUCAAAAGACACAUUUAGCCCGACACAUGAGAAUCCACACAGGAGACAAACCGUUUACAGUGUAGAUAUGUGCUGGUUAGUAUAUAUUUACGGGGGGUAUUCCAUGAAAAUUGAUCAACGCAAGUCACGUUUAUUUGUAUAGCACAUUUCAUCAUUUUGAUUUUAACAGAUCUGAACCUCUACUUUUACAUGAGGAAACACUGGAGAGUUUUGUCCUGGUUGGUGCAAAGAUGCAUCAACCAGGACAACCUGCCUUUUAGACCCGAUUCCCACAUCACUUUUAAAAAUAUUUUGUGGUUUCUUUCAGUAAGAUUUUUUAAAUAUAGUGAAUUAUUCUCUUCAGACGAGUCUUUUCCCAUCUGCCUUCAAAAUGGCUGUGGUGAGACCCCUUCUAGAGAAGAGUAAUUUAGACCCCACUGUUUUUAAUAAUUACCGAGCAGUAUCCAACCUACCAUUUUUAAGUAAUAUCAUCGACAAAGGAUUAAAAAAAAAAAGGGUUCUUGGAUAAAAACAGUAUUUUGGAAAAACAUCAAUCUGGUUUUAGGAAGAACCACAGUACCGAGAUGCCCUUGUAAAGAUUGUUAAUUACCUCAGGUGUAAUUUUGAUGCACAGAAACUUUCAGUUCUGGUUCUACUGGAUCCAAGUGCUGCCUUUGAUACAGUAGCUCACCAGAUUUUAUUAAACAGACUCAAUGUCUGGUGGGCCUCUCAGGUACUGUUCUUAAAUGGUUUUACUCCUAUCUCACAGAUCAAUAGUGUUUAUGUAAAUAUGGAUACAUGCUUCUCAAAGAUCCAUAAUAUCCAAUUUGGUAUUCCCCAAGGAUUAAUUCUAGGUCCACUUCUUUUUAAUUUGUACAUGUUGCCACUUUGGGAUGUCAUCAAGAGACACGGCAUUGAUUUUCACAGCUAUGCUGAUGAUAUGCAGCUUUACAUCGCUGUGUUUCCUGAUGACCUGAAGUCAGUUAACAUUCUUUUAAACUGUAUUUUAGAUAUUAAGUCAUGGAUGGCAGAGAACUUCUUACAGCUCAGUCAGGACAAAACAGAAGUUUUAAUUAUUGGUCCUGA